GCGCCACCGUCGACCUUCGCUUAGGUCUACAUAGCUUUCCUUUGCUCUUUGGCUUUGGCAAUCUCCCUGCUGAUCUCUGCUUCAACUCCAUCCCCAAAUACAUCAAGAUGAUAGAGGAUUGACCGUGAAAAGAAAGUACAAAAUAAUAAACGUGUGCAAAUCUCGUGCAGCUGUGUGGAACCUAUGAGGUAGUUGUGGUGGAUCCGCGGACACACCUCGCCAUGUCGGAUAUCAAGAGCUUCGAGCAUCCCACGCUCAAGGUACCGUACGAACUAUUAAAUAAAAAGUAUCGCUCAGCUCAGAAGAAUUUAGACCGUGAAGUGUCCCAUGUUCAAACAGCAGCCUAUGAACUCGAAAAGAUAGGGUUAAAAAAUGAUGGUAAUGGUGUUGCCACUGGUGAGAUAACUCGUUUAUUAGGUGGUGUAGUGGCAAAGCUCCAAGUGUUGAAAAGGAAAGCAGAGGAGUCCAUCAAUGAAGAAAUGCAAGCUGGAAUGGUUUGUAAGCGAAGGCUAGAUCACCUGAAAGAACAUGCUAGUACAACACCUGGUGCAAUACUUCAAUGGAGAAGACAAAGACUUGACAGAAUGUUGGUGGAGUAUUUUUUGCGAAAAGGAUACUACAAAACUGCUAUGAAAUUAGCAGAUGCUAGUGAACUUAGAGAUUUGACUAACAUAGACGUAUUUAUGGUAUCGCGAGAAGUAGAGAAAUCGUUAGCAAAUCACGAGACAGUUCGAUGCUUGGGUUGGUGCCACGACAAUCGCUCGAAGUUACGGAAAUUAGGCAGCACCAUGGAGUUCAAUUUGCGCGUCCAAGAGUUCAUCGAACUUGUACGCGCUGAUCGAAGACUCGACGCCGUGAUGCAUGCACGUAGAUGUUUCGCUAAUUAUGAAGAUUACCAAUUGCAGGAGAUUCAAGCUUGUAUGGGACAGUUGGCUUUUCCAGCUGACCCUCAACGCAGUCCUUACAAGGAUUUGUUAGACGAGAAAAGAUGGGACAGAUUAAUAGAACAAUUCCGCCAUGAAAAUUACAGACUAUUCCAAUUAGCCAGUCAAAGUGUAUUCACUGUGGCGUUACAGGCAGGUCUUUCAGCCCUAAAAACGCCACAAUGUUACAGUGCCAAUAAGGAGGGUAAAAAUCCAAGCUGCCCAGUAUGCAGUGAGAGUCUUAACGAGUUGGCUACUCCCUUGCCGUUCGCUCAUUGUUCGCAGUCACGACUUGUCUGUAGCAUUAGUGGUAAGCCACUCAACGAGUACAAUCAACCUAUGAUGAUGCCCAACGGUUACGUCUACGGCGAGAAGGCUCUCGAGAAAAUGGCACAGGAAAAUAAUGGUACUGUGAUUUGUCCAAAGACCAAAGAAGUAUUCCCGUUUAAGAAAAUCGAAAAGGUUUACGUCAUGUAAGGUACUGAAGCGCAACUUGUAUCAUACAUAUUUAGGACAUUAUUAUCUAUUAUCUCACAACUAGACUAAGGAUUUUUCUUUCUGGUUAUGUAGAUUAUCGUUCAUACUGUUUAAUUUUAAACGUAACUGUAUAAAAUACAAAAAAUUAUUACGUCAAAAAUAAAAUAUAUUUU